CAGAGACAAGAAAUCAACCAACACCCUUUCAUCAUAUUUUGCAAAACCCAUAUUUUCAUGCAUCUUUGGCUGAAACUGUUGGGUAGUUGACGUGCAGGGCUCCAGUCCUUUGACAAGCUGAACGUGUUCAAGCGGGCGGCGCUGCACCUCAUCGCCACAAUGCUGAAUGAUGAGCAGACCAGCAUACCUCGCGACACAUUCAUGAUGCUGGACGCAAAUGGCGAUGGCCUGGUCUCUGAACAGGAGCUAGCCGAGGUCUACGGGCCCUGCGACUUGGAUGCUUCAGUCUUCGAGAGUGAAGGUCACCGACACGGACAUGAGACUGGCAUAAGCUACACGCAGUUUCUGGCGGCGACCUUUGACAAAAGACAGUGGGUGCAGAAGCCUGUUUGCAAGGCUGCCUUUAACCAGUUCGAUUUUAACGGUGACGACCACCUGACGCUGCAAGAGCUCGUCGCCACGAACAGCAUGCUGGGGAAGCUGCACCCACUGGACGCCGAGAAGCUGGUGCGGGACCUGGACACCAACAACGAUGGCAUGAUCGAUUUCCCCGAGUUCUUCUCGAUGAUGAAAGCGGUGCCGUGCAACUCCAGCAGAGCUGUGUCUGAAGCCAGCAGGACCAGCAAACCAUCGGCGCAUGAAACCACCACCUCCACAUCCGCAAAAAGUGGCUGAGACUGGCUUUUCAGCGGUGGAAGACUUGACCCACUCCAAGUACCCAAGCGCCGUCUUGGGUGGAUCUCGCCAAAUGCCAAUGGUGCAAGAUUUGGACAGCCCAUGUGCGCAUUUUGCCCUGGGAGACAUUGUCAAGUGCCUUGGGUGCCUGUCCCGAUCUCCACAUGCCUGCGCGAUGUCUAGCAUUUUUUUCUGCCGCGUCCCGCGCAUCAUUCGGAUGCAUGGUUUGAAAGUGUCCCGAAGGGCACCCCCAAAAGAAAAUGGCCGGUUUUUCCCCCUGACAAGAUGGGGCCCUUACCCACUUCGUUUUGCAUUUCGACCGCCCUUGUUAGCGGCGUCCUGACGUAGUCGGACUUCGGCUGGGCUCCGCGGACUUUCGACAUGUCGCAAGUCUGGA